AGGGCCUUUUAAACAUCUGACGUCGUAUUAUUUACGUUUUGCCGUGUUGUCCGAAGAAAAAUUGUGAAUCACGACCAACAGGGCAGGGAGUAGUGUGUGGUAGUGGGGCAUCAAUUGGUCGCAGGCUGGCACAAAGGGGACGAUGGACUCUGCCACGGUGCCCCUGCUCGACGACGACACGGUCGAAUUCGGCGACGAGGACAACGUCAAAGGCCGAUUCAAGCACCCGUACGUGACGUUCUUCCACCUGGCGUUUCGCGGCGCCGCGCUGGUCGUCUACCUUUUGUGCGGCCUCUUCAGCAACAGUUUCAUCGCCAGUUUCAUCUUCAUCGUGUUCCUGCAUUCCCUAGACUUUUGGACGGUGAAGAAUGUGACGGGCAGGUUGAUGGUCGGUCUGCGAUGGUGGAACUACAUCGACGAUAAUGGUGAAAGCCACUGGGUUUUCGAGUCCCGGAAGGGCGCCGUGCAGGGACGAGUGGAUCCUGGCGAGGUGCGUGUCUUCUGGAUUGCCUUGGUCGCUUUUCCCGUCCUCUGGGCCCUGCUGUUUAUCGUCGCCCUUUUCGGCUUCAAAUUCCGAUGGCUGUUGUUAGUGUGCAUUGGCCUGACCCUGACAGGUGCCAACCUUUACGGCUACGUCAAGUGCAAGGUCGGAGGCAACAAGGACGUUACCUUCUCAGGGUUGACCAACAAUUUCAUGAAGCAGCAAGUCCUUCAAAAUGUCGUGGGAAUGAUGAGCCGAUCUCCUCCACAGUCUGGUCAAAACACGAAUAUAAUUUAACCAACAAAUGUGAUCCUGAAUGAUUCUGUUCCGUGCACUGCGUUUAUUAGUGUUUAAGUUACAAAUAAAAGAUGUUCAAAUCCUUAA